AUGUCGUGUAAUGCAGAUAAUAGAAUUAUCCCAUUUGAAAAAAUGCAACAAUACGUAUAUUUUUCUGAAAAUCAAAUAAUGGAGAAUUACCCUGUAUAUGAUAUGGCUGACGAUAACUAUGAUGCUGAAGAUGACUAUGAUCUUUCUUCAUAUCACGAAGAAAAAAGUUCGAAUCCCUAUGCUCGCUAUAUUGCUCAACGCCUUGCUUUGGAAGCUUACAUUAAUGGGUUUAAUAACUUCCUUGCCCAGACAUAUGGUUUCUCCCUUGGCCCUGAAGAUUACCUCACCAUACCUGAAGGAAUGUUUGCCAUAGAAGACAUCGGACCUCAUGUCCGUGAAUGUCAAUAUAAGGCUGAGCAAAAAUUUCGUGCAAAAAAAUUCUCUGAACGAGAACCUUAUUCACAGUAUACACAAGACUGCGAUUACACAAAUAAUUCUUAUACUAUUGUGCCUCAUUCUUUCCCAGAGAAUAUGACAUCGUCUCUUGUCGCUUCUUUUGACGAAAAUGAGGACCUUGACUAUCUCAGUGAAGCUGAGAAUAACAAUGACGAGAAGGAGAGACCUCUGAACGAAACUUUGUUUUCUGACAGCGAUGAGACUGACUAUCCUGUAUACUGUAAUUAUUUAUCUGAUGACCAUAUUUGUUCGUUAGAUUUCGUAGAAUCCGAGGGUGGAUCAUUGAUACCAUCAGACCAAAACUGCUGUGAUUUCCUUCAGAAUGAUCACGAGGUACCAGUGGAACCUACGGCCUCUUCUGAUUCGAAUGGAAACGUUGUUGCGGAAGAAAUAAUCGAACUUCACGGUACAAUUCCUCAUUUGUGUGAUGAUUCCCCAUGUUUGUUAUUUAAUCCCAUCUACGAGUCAUUCCGUAUGAGUAAUGCGAUUGUGGCCACUAUUCUUCAACGUAUGAUUUUUCCACCAGAACAUAAAAAUAUACAGGAGACUUCGAAUAAUUUCGUCCUAAGUUGGUUAUGCUGUGAUAAACUAAGAUAUGCGACUUCUGUUUGUUUUCCUGAGAAUUACAACUUGUCAUGCUAUUCGAGAGGAACAGUUUCUAAAGGGUACAGAGGUACCAAGGUGAUGAGUAAGAAGUCACCUUAUGGUAUUAUUCUGCUUCCACAGCAAUUAUCUACAGCCAAUUCCAAAAAAAGGCAUUCUCCUAAAGUGUUACUGGGCCGAAACAUCAAGCUACUUGCCGAUUGGUUCACAUUGUGUCAUAGGAGAAUUCAACUACACCGAAUAACACUAAAGGAAAUGGACCGUAUAUAUAAUCACCAAAAAAAUCCGGUAAGACAGUUUGAUACUCCUAUGUCUCCUUUCGUUAACUCACGAAAGUCUAUAUUCCCACUAUCAAGUCCCUUAGUGGUGGACGUAAGAGCAUGA